AUGCAGCGGGAGAUUGUGUACGCUGCUGCCUGCGUGGAAAGCUUGUCCAGCUUACUCACACUAUGUGUGCUGACUAUGUUUGCCCAGCAGCCACAGGACCUGGUGGUCGUGGCUGGGCAGCCAGUGACCCUGCCCUGUGCCAUCCCGGGGUACCACGGCAUCGUGCUCUGGAUCAAGGACGGGCUCGCCCUCGGAGUGGGUAGAGAUCUCUCAGGAUACCCCCGUUACUCAGUGGUCGGGGACCACAGUGCAGGGGAGCAUCACUUGAAGAUCCAGAGAGUGGAGCUGAUGGACGAUGCUAUCUAUGAAUGCCAGGCAAUCCAGGCAGCCAUGAGGUCACGCCCGGCCAGACUCACUGUGCUUGUGCCCCCUGAUGACCCAGUGAUCAACGGGGGUCCCAUAGUGAGCCUGAGGGCUGGGGAUCCCCUCAACCUGACCUGCCGCGCCAAUAACGCCAAGCCCGCUGCCACUAUCAUCUGGAUUCGGAAUGGAGAGGUCCUUAACGGAGCCAUGUACUCAAAGACGCUCCUGCGGGACGGCCGUCGGGAGAGCGCGGUCAGCACGCUCUACAUCUCCGCCUCCAACAUCGAGAGCGGCCAGCAGAUCAUCUGCAGGGCUUCCAACAAGGCCGUGCCCAACGGCAAGGAGACCAGCGCCACCGUCGACAUACAGCAUGACCUGGCAGAGAGGCUGAGGACCAGCCUUAUCCUUCAGAGAAGAGGAAACAGUCCCAGACUAACAAUGAGUGACAAAGCUCAGCGAAAACAAUAUGCUCUGCCCAGGCCGUUCCCUGGUGACGGUUAUACAGGGCAGCUGGAGCUGAGGUCUGUGGCUGCCCUGAGAGACCCAUGA